GACAUCACUACAGAUGUCAAUGACACUUGCAGUCAUCAAGCAACUGUUUUGCAUGUGGGGAUUGGGAAAUCUCAUCUCGCUUGAAAAAUAAAAAUGUACGAGUAGCAGCCUGAGACGAGCCCGCCGCCCGAAUCGAGUCGUCGCCCGUUAGUAGCCUCGAGCGGUCCGACCGGUCGCCUCCUCGCUCGGAUUCAACUAUCGUCGGCCGCGGAUAUCUUUCGUGAUAAUUUAUUUGGAUUCGUCCUCCUCACCUCGACGAACGUGCCACGAUGGUGAUUAAAAAUAUAUGCUGCCUCGGCGCGGGCUAUGUCGGCGGGCCGACGUGCAGCGUGAUCGCGCUCAAGUGUCCCGACAUCAGGGUGACGGUGUGCGACAAGAGCGCCGAGCGCAUCGCCCAGUGGAACUCCGACAAGCUGCCAAUCUACGAGCCCGGCCUCGACGACGUCGUCAAGCAGUGCCGAGGUAAAAACUUAUUCUUCUCCACCGACAUCGAGCGGAGUAUCCUGGAGGCCGAGCUCAUCUUCAUCUCCGUCAAUACGCCGACCAAGACGAUCGGCAACGGCAAGGGGCGCGCCGCCGACCUCAAGUACAUCGAGGGCGCCGCGCGCAUGAUCGCCGACAUCGCCGCCAGCAACAAGAUCGUGGUGGAGAAGAGCACCGUGCCCGUCAAGGCCGCGGAGAUCAUCAUGAAGAUCCUGCGCGCCAACACCAAGCCCGGCGUGCAGUACCAGAUCCUGUCCAACCCUGAAUUCCUGGCCGAGGGCACCGCCAUAGUCGACCUGGUUGAGGCCGAGCGGGUGCUGAUCGGAGGGGAGGACACCCCCGAGGGCCAGAACGCAAUAGCCGAGCUGUGCUGGGUGUACGAGCACUGGAUCCCCGCUAAGAACAUAUUGACCACCAACACGUGGAGUUCGGAGCUGUCCAAGCUCGCCGCGAAUGCGUUCCUAGCUCAAAGAAUAUCGAGUAUUAAUUCUCUCUCUGCCGUGUGCGAGGCCACUGGAGCCGACGUGUCGGAAGUGGCCCGGGCGGUCGGCAGAGACUCUAGAAUCGGACCCAAGUUCUUGGAGGCCUCCAUCGGGUUCGGGGGCAGCUGUUUCCAGAAGGACAUACUAAAUCUUAUCUAUCUGUCCGAAUGCCUGAACCUCCCGGAGGUUGCGGCCUACUGGCAGCAGGUGGUGAGCCUAAACGACUACCAGAAAACUAGGUUCACACAGAAAGUUAUCGAGUCCCUCUUCAACACGGUGUCUGAUAAAAAUAUUGCCAUACUCGGUUUCUCGUUUAAAAAGAAUACGGGAGACACCAGGGAGUCCCCCGCUAUUUACGUGUGCAAGACCUUGCUGGACGAGGGAGCUAAACUACACAUAUACGACCCCAAAGUGGAAACAGACCAGAUAUACUACGAGCUCUUACAUCCCCAAGUCACAAAUGAGCCCGAGAAGGUGCGACGGAACAUUGAAAUACACGACUCUGCAUACUCUGCUGUGUCUCGAGCCCAUGCUAUCGUGUUAUGUACGGAGUGGGAUGAGUUUAAGGAGCUUGAUUUCAAAAAGAUUUAUGAUGUAAUGAUGAAGCCGGCGUACAUAUUUGACGGUAGAAAGAUUUUGGAUCAUGAUGCCCUAAUCAAGAUCGGUUUCCACGUCCAGACGAUAGGCAAGAAACUGGCCCGAGCCAACAGCAUCAGAGCACAGGGCAGUCAGACUAACAUAUAAGCAUUUCAUGUACACGGAUCAAGUGCUGCCAUUCGCCUAGUUCUAAGACCAGUAUUUGAUAUUUAUUUUUAUUUAGGCUAAGUAUUAUCUAGAAGUGUCAAGCUCGAACCGCUGCUAUAUUAGUAUUUCUCAAAGUUAUUUCAAUAGACAGAUUUUGGGAUUAUAUUCUACAUCGAAUGCCCGAAAUCCGAAUGAUCUAUAGGCAUAUUAAGACAUUGAUAAUUAAAAAUUUGUUGUAGCACAAAAUUAAUUCUUCGACUAUCAGGAAAACAUUAUUAUUAUUGUAAGAACAAUCAAUUAAUAUAAAUUAGAGCAAUAUUUCAAUUUCUAAAUGUUAGCUAUAAUUAUUAUGAAUGAUGAAUAUUAAUUUCAUACACGAAUUGUCAAGGAUGCUGAUUAAAAUACCUUCCUAUUUAUUAUAAAUAUUGUGAGAAGAUAAUAUUAUGUAUUAUCAUGAGUACACAUACUGUAGUACUUACCUACUGUUAUAAAAGUACGAACAAAAAAAACCGUGAGAACGUACACCAAUGCCCGUUUUUACCAGUCGCCCUACCGUGCCUAGUAUAGCGGUCUUUUAAGGAAUUUUCGUAAGAUAAAAAAGUUUUUGCCAAACUUAUGUGUCACCUGUGAUGCUCAAGAUGCCCUUUGAUGGUCAAGCGUCGGUGAUAACUUAAGUAAGAUAUAGAUAUUCUCAAAGACCUCAAGGGAACAUUUAACAUUAUGGGCAGUUGGUGAAAACGAGUAUUACAGCUAACUUCACCAACACUUGUAAGUUACUUACCUAAAUAUUACCUAAACCUUCUAUUUCAUUUACAUAUACGAAGAACGAGAGAUUAACUUUAACAGGCGUGAUAUUAGCGCUGAUUAUGUAUAGUAACUACUUAGGUAUAUCUCAAUGUGAUGUCUGAAGUCAUGUAACGCACUGUACUGCACACGUUUCUCCGGCAAUUAUUGUCUAUAUGGCAAUAUAAUAAUUAUUAUGUAAACUGUAAAGUCAUAAAAGAGACGCUUGACACUAUUUAAGGAACAAAUUCUUUGUUUUUUUAAUGCCUUGCGAAUUUCUAAUACAUAUUAUGUUCUUACAUUAUAACAAUAAAUUUAUCGGAAAGAUUAUAGAAUUAAGAUAAUAUACUUUAAAGGAAAACAAAAAAUAAGUAUUUAAACAUUAAUUUAUAACACUCGAGAUAAUAAGAUGAUUGUCAAUCUCAGAAACGGUUCUAGUGAAUAUUAGUGUAAAAUAAUUUCAUUCUUGACCGGCUUUUAUUGAAUAAUGUCGUUUCGAAACAUACUCUGUUUCUAAAUAAUAAUUUAAUAUAUUUAAAUGUAUUAAAAUAUUAG